AAAGAAAAAAAGGAUGGAUUGUUCAAAGAAAAAGCAAUGCAGAUUAGUAGUAUUCCCUCUUCCAUUUCAAGGCCACAUAAACCCUAUGCUUCAGCUGGCAAGCAUCCUCCACUCUCGUGGAUUCCUCAUCUCCGUCAUCCACACCCGCUACAAUUCCCCCAAUCCAUCCAAUUACCCCCACUUCUCCUUCCACCCCAUCUCCGACUCCUUGUCCGAAUCCUCCUAUUCCGCCCCCGACCCUGUCCGCAUCAUCAAACUCAUCAACACCAGCUGUGUCCACCCUUUUCGCCAUUGCCUCGAGGGCCUCGUCUCCGAGGGCGACGUCAAGUGCUUCAUCUCCGAUGCUAAUUGGUAUUUUACGCACUCUGUUGCCACCGCUCUCGGUCUUCCCAGGAUUGUCAUGAGGACUAGCAGCGUCGGCGCUUUCUUGGCCUUCGCCGCACUCUCUCGUCUUAGAGAUGAGGGAUAUCUCCCCCUCUCCGACGGAGAUUCGAAAAUGGAGGAAGAGGUGGAGGAGGUGCCGCCGCUGAAGGUGAAAGACAUGCCGGUGAUUGAAAUGUACAACGCUGAAGAUGCAUAUAACAACAUUGCGAAAAUGGUGGAAGAGACGAAGAAGGCUUCCGCCGUAAUUUUCAACACGUUCCAAGAGCUCGAGCAACCCGAGAUCGGGCGGCUCAACCAACAGCUUGAGUCCCCAACUUUCGCCAUCCCGUUCCACAAAUGCUUCUCGGCGGCAUCGAGCAGCUUACUAGCCCAGGACAUGAGCUCCAUCUCCUGGCUGGAUGAGCAGCCGCCGAAGUCCGUACUCUACGUGAGCUUCGGCAGCGUCGCGGCCAUGGAUGGCGCGAGGCUGCUCGAGGUGGCGUUGGGUUUAGCCAACAGCGGGAGCCGGUUCUUGUGGGCAGUCCGGCCCGGUCUGGUCCAUGGCUCUGAGUGGCUCGAGAUGCUGCCCAGUGGGUUCUCCGAGGCGACAAGUGGGAGAGGAAUCAUUAUAAAGUGGGCCCCGCAGCAGGAGGUUCUGUCCCAUCCCUCUGUCGGGGGAUUCUGGACGCACUGUGGGUGGAACUCGACUCUGGAGAGCAUAUGCGAGGGUGUGCCAAUGAUAUGCUCGCCUUUCUUUGGCGAUCAGUUUGUGAAUGCGAGGUAUGUGAGUGAUGUUUGGAGAGUUGGCAUCAAUUUACACAAGGGUUUGGAGAGGGGAGGGACUGAAAAUGCUAUUAGGAAAUUAAUGGUGGAGAGAGAUGGGGAGGAGAUGAGAAAGAGAGCUAUGGUGUUGAAGGAGAAGAUAGAUGCUGGAUUGAAGAUGGGAGGUUCCACUAAUAGGGCGCUUGAUGAAUUGAUUAAUGUCAUUUCUUCAUUCUAGUCACAUUUAGUGAUUUGUUAUGUAGUGUCUGCAAUUUGUGGUUAAGAAAAUAAAAUUGACAAUCCACUGAUUCCACUCA